AUGGUAUUCGAUGCGACAACUAAAGCCUUCAACCUUUCUGGACCCGCCCAUGACCGUUCAUCAGAUCCUUCUACCUCCGCCGUACCAACUCCCCCAACUGGCAUAGCUCGCCCCGUCAAACGUCGACGAACCACUCAACCUCGAACAAUGUCAUCAACUCCAACGUCUAGCCCGGCUCCUACUCCUGUAAUUGACUUGGACGCACUAGAUGCUGCCCGCCGUCGUGCCUCCAGUCGGGUCAUGUCGCUAUGGGAGAGUUUGGCAGAAAAAUACGCUCGACCCAUUGAAGAAGACGACGAAAUAGACAUUCUUACCGGAAAGAUAUGCAAAGACCGCGGCGUAUUACGCUCGGUCUCAGAGCGGGGAUGGAAGAUCGGUAGUUUCGGAGAGGCACUCGAAGUCGAACCUCUGGUACUAGUUAGUGAAGGAGAAACUGAAACCGGAGCCAGCGAGGCCGAUGAUGAAGGAGAGGGAGAUGAUGAUACUGAGGGAGAAGGAACUGAAGGAGUAGAAGGCACGGAAGAAGUGGAAGAAGAUCCACUCGGGAGCUGGUCUUACGACUGGCAGUAUCGUGCGUUGCCUCCUCCCCGACCAGAGCUUUCACCACAAGAUGCAGAAGAUCUCAAAGAGUUUUUGGCCGCCGAAAAUGCAAUUCGAGAAAGCCUACGCAAGUCUGGGAAGCGACCAGAAUCGGACGAUGAUGACAUAGUCUAUCUUGGCGAUAGCUUGCAUAAUACUGAUGGGACGCUCCGCAAUGACGAAACCAGCGACGACGAGUUCGCGUCUAUGGUAAUGACCGAUAAUUCAACUAUACGUUACAUGAAAUACGAAGACGAUGACGACGAACUGGAUGAUGUGGAACCAAUGGCUUCCAUUCUUGGUGCUCUGGCUCUCAGCAGGACCCCAAAGAAACAGACAUCCGUCUUGUCGACCCGCCAGCCUAAAGAUGAGGAUAUGGAUAGCAAACACGUUCCAUUGUUGACCUCGCCUCAGGAUAACAACGCGAACCGGAAUCACCCGGAUGUUGGAUCCCAAGCCAGCGCAAUUCGUUCUCCCCCUGGUAUUUCAUGUGCUAACAGUUGCUCUGGGAUAAGUGCAGAUGAUGAUCUGAUUGUGAUCGAUUCGGACUCGGACGACGAACCCGGACCAACAAACAAUUCUGGGUUGAAGUCUGAGAUUUCGGCUGGCUCGUUCUCUCAACAUGUUGCGCCCCCCGCGAAUACGCCCAUUUCCAGUGUACAAGCUCGGCAUAGGCCUUCUAACAUUCCGACGGUUGGUUCUGCUGUCGCUCUUUCCAAUGACCAUAGCCCUGCUGUUCGACUUAACCGAUUAUCGAGGACACCAGUCGCUGGCGCUGCGUCCUUGCUUAAUUCAUCCACUGCACAACAUCGCUCGCCGAAAUCACUGCCUGGAUCCCCAACUGGCAACUCCCUCGUAACGGGAAAGUAUAUAUCGAAGCAUGGUUCGGCGGGACUGACUCCAAGAUCCCGGACUCCAAGAUCCGAGACAAAAACAACGACGACACACGCUCCUCCACAAUCUAGCGUACGCAACUCUGGUUCUGUACUAGAGCCCCAUACGCCGAUAAAGAACGAAUCUAGUCUAUCCUUCAUUGGUGAAGCUGACCCCUGUCAUAAUCCUUCGGACGUUCAAGCGCAUGGGAGCAAAUCCUCGACUGGGACAACGCGACAAAAAAAACCCUUGUCCAAAACUGGAUCUGAAGAGAUGCAAACAGUAGCGGCACGCCAAAGCUCGUCUUCACACAGGGGUGCCCGAAGUUCCAAGCCAUCCACAUCAACUCCAACCACUUCACCAUCAAGCCAGUCUAAGUCUCCGAUAAAGCGCAGGAAAAAAGCGGUUGUAGUCGAGGUUGUCCUCCCCACACCAAGGAAAGCGCCCAAAGUUAAAACAGAAUUAACCACGCCAUCGCUUCCUCUCACACCAAAAGACAAAGGCUUGGAUACUGCCAGGACUGCUUCCAACGAACGAUCCCAUUUGGAAUCCAACGGCUCGGCUCGAGGCUCUGAGCAGCCUGUCCCAGCUCCAGCGAGCAGCUACACUAAAGUCAAUAGCUUGCUCAUAGUUAGGUCUGGCGUUGAAUCGGGUUCUAAGCGAAAAAGGUCGUUGGAUGGCGCCGAGCUCACCGAGAGUGCGGACAGUAGUCUGGAGCCGAGGGGAAAUAUUAUCCUGAUGGAGCCGAGAGCAGCUCCUCACCACACUUGUUAUUCAUCUGAUUCAAUAGAGCGGAAUCGACCUGCCAUUUGCUGCUCUACCCAUCCCCAACAAUAUUCUGGAUUAUAUUCGCACGCCCCUGUCCCUUCCCAGCCCGCACACACGCACUCAACGCACCACUAUCCUAAUCUGCCCGUCUAUCAGCAUCAGCACCAACACCAGCAUUUACAUACACACCUCCCCUACCCAUUGCCGCAGCUUCCUUUCACUGCCAACGAGUUAACAGAGGCCGCUUUUAAGUUGAUUCACGGAUUAUCUACAUUCCACCAACCAUCUGGAACAAACGGCUCAUCUGGAUCUGGAUCUAGCUUUUGGUUUCCUGGAGCACAGUUUCCUUUUGGGUUUGCUGGCACUGGUUCUGGUCGAGCGGGACCAAGCUCCGAAGCUCUAGCUCCGAAGCUAGAGGAGCCUCCAAGUCAGGAAAAGAUGUCAAAUGAAUUUAUCCCAAGUUCACAAGAACAUGAGCGAAAAGCGGAGACCUUAUGCAUGCCACUCGAUGAGAAACCCUCUAAAUUGGUCUCCACGGGAUCCAACCAGACCGCCCCCUCAUUACCAUAUCCCAAAAACCUGGCUCUGGCCACUCCAAACUCGUCCUUAGGGAGAGACACAUACAAUGACGAAACGGCGGGCCUCUCCGCAGUUACCCCACCAGACUCAUUGAACUCGGAGAUGAAAGUCCCUGAGCGGGAGAUGAGCGUCAUCGAUAUAGAUUCCGACAGUGAUGAUGAACUGGCAAUAUGCGACGCUGGAGCGGGCUCGAUGAGAUGGGAACCCCCCAUCAAGAAAGAGGCGGACUUUGGUGAUGGGCCUAAAAAACACCCGGAUUCGAGCAAACUCUCUAUGAACGAUCGAGCUUCGACCCGUAUCAGUCCCGUCAAGUUAAAGAGGAUGACUUAA